GUUCGGGGGUAUCAUAAUUCUGUUGCUUAUAAGCAAACGUAACGUGUCGUAAAAGUAAUUGGUCGCAUCAGGUCGUAACAAGUCAAAUCAAGUCGUCCAUGGUCUUUGCAUAACAUUUCUGCGUAUGCAAAAAGAUUCAAAUUCUUCAUCUCAUGGGUCGUCUCGACGAUGUCCUUGUCAGAGCGAGACCUCCAAGAUCCUCCUCUUCAUCGAGGUCCUCAGUCAAGGGGAACCCGUAUUCAUCGACCUCGGAGGACGGGGACGUGGAGGGGGACGAAGAUGGAGAUGUGGAUGUGGAGGAGGAAGAUCGGCUUUCGGCGUCGCUCGGUUGAUGCGGAUGUGUCGACGACCGCGGAGAUCCUUUGCUCUCCUUGUAGUUGUACUUGUCUUCCGUCGGCGAUGUCUGCAGUUCACGCUCGGUUCGCGCAAUGUCCUGCAGAAGCAUUUCGAGGAGAUGUCCGUGGCUGAGCCGGAGUCGGAGAUCGUCCCGCACCAGCUUGUCCGAGGACUUUCUUCGGGCCGUGUCGGCCAAAUGGUACGCCUCCUCACGUGAUAGUGAUCGACUAAUGGUGUUGCAGUCGAGAUCACGUGAGGGCGGUCGGGUCAAUGGUUGCAUCAUGGAGAGCGGCAUUUUGAUGAUCAAAAAUGUUUGGUAUGUGAAGCGGUCAGGAGAUUUAAUGCUGAAAUGAACCCCCCUUAGGGGAUAUAUAACGGAUCUGUGAGAGAAGCGCAAAGUGGUGGCGGACGCGUUGACUUUUGUUUCUCUUGAGAAAAUUGUUUGCAAGUGGAUACGGUACGCGCGUGGGUGUGAAAAAUGUCUUUUUGAGAUGGCGGUGCUGUGGGCUCAGGCUCUUUUUUGAGGUAGCACUGCGGUGUCGUCGUGGUAUCGCGUUUCGGGAGGAAAUCCAGAUGGGCCACAGCCUUGCUUUUCACAUGCGUAAAAAAAGGCUGAGAUUGCUGAGAUCUCGGCGUAAAGCCCCUUUUUUUGUGAGAUCACGACUCGGAAGAUUCC